GCCUCUCUCCGCCGCUUCUCUAGCUCCCCGGUCAGAGGGCCGGAGCGAGAAGAUGGCGAAGACGUACGAUUAUCUGUUCAAGCUGCUGCUGAUCGGCGACUCGGGGGUGGGCAAGACUUGCCUCCUAUUCCGCUUCUCCGAGGACGCCUUCAACACCACCUUCAUCUCCACCAUCGGAAUUGAUUUUAAAAUCAGAACGAUAGAACUAGAUGGAAAGAAAAUUAAGCUUCAGAUAUGGGACACAGCGGGUCAGGAAAGAUUUCGAACCAUCACAACCGCAUACUAUAGAGGAGCCAUGGGAAUUAUGCUGGUCUAUGACAUCACAAAUGAAAAGUCCUUCGACAAUAUUAAAAACUGGAUAAGAAACAUUGAAGAGCAUGCCUCUUCAGACGUUGAAAGAAUGAUCCUGGGUAACAAGUGUGAUAUGAAUGACAAAAGACAAGUGUCAAAAGAAAGAGGAGAGAAGUUAGCAAUUGACUAUGGGAUUAAAUUCUUGGAGACAAGUGCAAAAUCCAGUACAAAUGUAGAAGAGGCAUUUUUUACACUUGCACGGGAUAUAAUGACAAAACUCAACAGAAAAAUGAAUGACAGCAAUUCAUCAGGGGCAGGUGGACCAGUGAAAAUAACAGAAAACCGAUCAAAGAAGACCAGUUUCUUCCGUUGCUCGCUACUUUGAUGAACUCUUUCUGAGAGACUGCAGCACACCUAAAGGACCCUUUCCGGCUUCUCUGAAAGCACAGGUCAGCCAGCCUCAGAACCACACCGCCCGGCUGCUGCGGAGAACACCACUGAACCUAGACUUCUCGACACAGAACGCCACAUGGGUUCCAGCCUCGUGGCCUAGAAAGAUAACAGGCUCCUUUUUUCAAACAUGGAAGCAAUGAAGUGGAGACAUGCGCAGGACUUAACUUGUUUUUUCUUUGGUUUGUCCCAGAAGCUGCUAUCUUUCUUUUUCACUUUGCACAUCAGUGUUAGCCUGUCCCUGCUACAGCACAGUCUCAGACUCGUAUCUGCACACUUUUGCCUUGUGAAGUUCUAGACAAACUUGUGCACUUGGGGGUGUUUGAAAAAAGUAAAACAUUUAACGCAGAGAUUAAUACGCUAAAACUAAAAGAUGUUGGGUCUGGUUCAUGUGGCCAAAUGUUAUUGCAUUGAUAGAAUUUUUUUAAGGGCUCUAGUUUGUGAUUUCCUUCAAUAAGAAUCAUUAAAUUCUGAUAAAAUUCAUCUUAAAAGUUCAUAAAAAUGUCCAUCUAUUCAUCAGAGGCCACAAUUUAUUUCUCCAGAUUGUUGAGAAUUUUGCUUCAUUCCUGGCCUUUUGGUCAGAGAGUUUGGGUAGCUGAAGAAAUCACUUUUUCAAUUGAUUACCUCUGCCUCAUCUGUAGAAGCUACGUUUGGAAAUCACCUUAAGCUCACUUUUCCUGGGGUUUGUAUUCACUGUUCUUUCCUAAUUUUGACCUGUUGUAACUGCUCAGUUAUCUAAAACAUAACAUAUUUGAACAUUGUUGUCUGUUUCUAAUUGUGAACUUCUUGAGCUGAAUUUUAUACAGGCAGAGAGACGUACCAUUUGGGUUUUAUUUCAGCGUCCUAUUGUUCUGUCACAUCAGCAUAUGUAAUAUAUUUUUUUCUUAGGUUCACUCCCUAGCUUGCUGGUUUCGUUUGUAAUACCCAGUUCCUACUGUAAUCCCUGUCUGCAAGAGUUAACAAGAAUUAUAUUUAGACCUUUGUUCGUAGAAAGCUUACCUACAGGGAGAGAGAUUAACUUGUUGAUAUAAAUUUAAUAGAGAUAGCUCUUGGUGAUGGUAAACAUAAUGAUUUUUUAUUCUGGUUUUAUUUGGGCUUCUUUUUUUUUUCUUUUAAAUAAAGAUAAUUAGACCUAGACCUAGUGCAGCCUCUAGGAAAAGUCUUGCCCUUUUGUUAGAGAAAAUAUGAGUAAGGUUUCCAUUCUAAAACAGCUAUUGUUGAACGCGUAGAACCCAGUUCCAUCUGUUCAGGUUCAUUGUUACAGAACUUGGUCCAGUCAUUUGGGUCAACGCCAACCAAGAGCUUAGCUGCCUUUCGCACCAAACACUGGUACUGGUAUACCUUUUGUAGAUGAAACCUUCACUUAAGAAGAAAAAAAGUAUUUAGAGUUAACUUAUGUGCCAAAUUCAGAUAAUUUUGACAUUGCUUUUAUCCUAGCCUUCAGUGUCAAAACACAGAAGGGAGUAAUAAAUCGGUGAUUAGGGAAAUGAACUCUCUUAAUAAUCACUCUUCCUGUUAGGUCCUUUUUGUUUCAUGGAGGGUACCACCAUGCUUGAUAGUUUAGAGUGGAGAGGAAAAUGGAAAUGGAUUGCUUGUUACCACAGAGCAUUGUGCUUCAAAUUAAGACCUAGCGUUAGAAUGCUUGGACCAGUCAACCUUUAUUUAGUACUUGUUUGAAAACUUACGUCCAGUUUAGCAGCAGCAAAUAUACCAGAGCUAUUUUUGAUGGAUACGCUAAACUUAAUGUUGACAAAUUUCAGCCUUCUUGAUUUUUUUUUUUUAUUUACCUAUCGGUUUAGAGGCACCUGCUGGUGUCCCAGUAUAAUCAGUAAUUGCUCGAUUGAAAGCUGAUUGUACAUCUUCCGUCUUAAAAUUAGAUACAUUUUUGGAAAGAAAAAAUAAUUUCUUAGAAACAUCUUGUCUUUGCUAAUUUUCUGAAAAAAUAUCCAAGCGGUUAAGCUUUCUGAAUGGUAACAAAGUACUUUCUAAAAGGCAAGUGCUAUGACACCAUGUAUGAAUGUAAUUCUAGUAAUUUACCUCUGACUAUUUGGUGUCUUAACACUUUGGUUUAUAUCUCAGGGGUUGUCUGCAAACCAAAACUGACAUUUUCUGUGGUUAGACUUUUUUUUUUUUUUUUUUAACAGAAUGCUUUGCUUCUGAUUUAUUCCUUCUCUCUUCUUUUGUCUUAUAUGGGUUAAUAAUUAGUCUCCAUGAAUUUCCCUUUGAAAGAGCCUGUAAAAGUGAUGAGUCUAAAAGUGCUCUUUGAAGUAGCAGCAAUUUGGGGAUAUAUGCUCUGUUAUAUAGAAAUAAAUUGUCCUUGCUAUUUUCUUACAUGUAGCUUUGCUGAAUUGUAUAUAAUUUGAGCUAAGACCAUAGGAAAUUCCCUUUCUGCAUGGUAAAAUGCCCCAAUAAAUACUCCACUUUGCUUCAUAAUGUACCUACAGUGCAUUAUUUUUUCUAUUUGUAGAUGAAUUUAGUGACAGAUAAUUGUCUGUUCCCUGCUGAAACUGAAGAAAUCUAGUUUUGCGUGAACAUGUUUGUGGUCUUAGGGGAAAGGUACACGCAGACUUUGGCAGCAGUUAGUGGUUCGGUGGCUGCACUUUAUUGUCAGUGUGCGAAUUUUUGGCAAUGAUUGGACUAGACCUUUUCAAAUAGAGUCUGAGGAUGUCAGACCAUGAAAAUGUGCUGUAACUAAGUUAGCAUGUAAACCAGUUGAUUGUAAGACGUUUCACUGGGAAUUUAUUUUCGCUAUGUUUUACUUCAUACAGAUUAUGAGAAAAUAACCACCUGUGCGUCGGUUAGGAGGCGCCACAGGGUUUCUUACUAUUUACGUGAGCAUUUUGUGCAGUCUUUGUUAUAAAUGUUCCGAAGACUAUACUCUUUACUCUGAAGGACUAUUUUUUAAUUAUACCUCAUUUAGCUAACUAGUAUUCUAAUACCUGGUAGAAAAACAGUGAGCCAGCCUUUAAGCAUCCGGCACCAUUUAGAUUUUAUGUUUUGUUUUGGACUAAAGACAUCAUUGGAAAAGGUAGGAGAUAGUUUACUUUAGAAUAGAACAUACAUGUCAUAUCCACUUAGUGCAAAAAAGGUAUUCUCGCCCUGUCUACAUUAAGAAAUUUAGCUGUGCAAUAUAGAUAAAUGUUUGCAGAAAUUUCUAAGUAAGAGAUUAUAACUCCAUUUUACGGAUUCUGAAUGCUGAGAAUCUGUAUUAAGACUUAUAAAGUUUUUCCUGUGAACAGUAAGUGAUACAUUUAAGGAGACUUUCUUUUCUAGUUCAUGACUUAGAUUUCUGUAUAAACUUAGUACUUAAUCUUUAAAGAUGGACUUCUGAGCUUCAAAUUUUAAAACAGCAUUUCGUUACGUUGGUUUACUUAGCUCAGAUUUUAAGCACUCAUUUCUGCUGUCGGGUUUUUUAGAAUUUUUCUUUUAACAGAAAGGACCAUUCCUUUUCCUUCUUGUGAUAUCCAAAGAAAGGAGGAAAAAGGAAUGUCUAAAAAUGAAAUUCCUUGUCCUAGAGGUACAGGAUAUGCUAAUAAAAAUUUAAAUCCCAGCACAAUUUUACAGGAGAAUCAGUCUUUUUUUUUUUUUUAGACUAAUAAUAUUAAUGGGAGUCAUGGUCAAUAUGAAAAAAUUCUAAAUGACUGAAAUUUAUAGAAGUGAAAAUUAGCAAACAGUUAUUUUAGGGAUAUUUUCAAAUUUUCCUUUGUUUUUUGCAAUGCUUGUGCCAUAUGCAAUUGCAUUUCUUAUUGCCAAGAACUAAUAGAAACCUCUUGUUUCAUUUUCUUACCUUUUUU